CUGUCUGUAGGUGUCUCUGGCUCAGAGAUGUCUCUGCUUCAGCCUCUCGCCCAGGAUUGAUUGAUCUGUGGAAAUCCUAUUAGUAACCUGGCUGUUGACCAAGAGAGGGGGAGCACCACGCUCUAACUGUAACAGCUAACACAGUGGAAGGAGUAACACUCUCUAACAGUAACAGCCAACACAGGGGAGGAAGUAACACUAACAGUAACAGCCAACACAGGGGAGGGAGCACCUUUCUCCAAUAGCCAGAAUACUACAGGGUCUAACAGUAACAGCCAGGAGAGGAGUGAUUGCAAAAAUCACUGAAGCUGGAGACUCAUAUCUGCCUCUCUAACUUUAAGCAUCAGCUGUCAGUGCAGUUUACCAAUCACUGUACCUGUACACAGCCCAUCUGUAAAUAGCCCACCCAACUACCUCAUCCCCAUAUUAUUAUUUAUUUUUGCACCCCAGUAUCUCUACUUGCACAUCAUCAUCUACAAAUCUAUCACUCCAGUGUUAAUGCUAAAUUGUAAUUAUUCCACCACCAUGGCCUAUUUAUUGCCUUACCCCUCUAAUCUUACUACAUUUGCACACACUGCACAUAGAUGUUUCUAUUGUGUUAUUGACUGUAGGUUUGUUUAUGUGUAUCUCUGUGUUGUUGUUUUUGUUGCACUCCUUUUCUUUAUCUUGGCCAGGUCGCAGUUGUAAAUGAGAACUUGUUCUCAACUGGCCUUCCUGGUAAAAAUAAAGGUUCAAUAUUUUCUUUAAAAAGCCAUGGAGAGGAGCACUACUGUCUAAACUAUCCCCACACUGGGAGACUAAGGAUCUUUGGUGACUCCUUCCCCCACAACCUUACCAAGUGCAGAACUAUGCAGCAUUACUGUCAAACAGCCCAGCCAGCAGGCAUUGAGAGAGAAACUACUGUCUACUGAAGACCCUCCAUAACCCUCCUCCACAAACCUCCCUCCUUCCCUUCUCCUCCCUACCUCCCUCCCUCCUCCACAAAUCUCCUCCUUCCACCUCCCUCCUCCUCUUCCACAAAUCUACUAAUCCCUCCCUCCUCCACAAAUAUCCUCCUUCCACCUCCCUCCUCCACAAAUAUCCUCCUUCCACCUCCCUCCUCCACAAAUCUCCUAAACCCUCCCUCCUCCACAAAUCUUCUCCUAACCCCUCCUCCCUCCCCCCGUGAAAACCCCAGCCAUGGAGUGGAACUUGUUUUAUUUAUUUAACUAGGCAUUACCGUCUACUGUAACAGUCUAACCUGCCUUUAUUUAGCAGAGGACCACCCUACACUCUCCCUAACAGACCUCCUCCUGCCCCAGUCAUGAUGGUGCCCCCCCCUCCCACCAACCAGCCCCAUAUCUGCCUGUCCACCCUGCUGAUCAUGAGCAGUAUGGCCCUGAUCGAUGCCUAUCUGGUGGAACAGAACCACGGGCCCAGGAAGAUAGGUAUCUGUAUCAUGGUGAUGGUAGGGGACCUCUGCUUCCUCAUCGUGUUGCGGUACGUGGCGGUUUGGGUCGGGGCCGAGGUACGGACCGCCAAGCGAGGCUGUGCCAUGAUACUCUGGUUCCUCUAUAUCUUUGUCCUGGAGAUCAAGGUGUACUUUGUGUACCAGAACUACAAGGCUGACAGGAAGUCUCUGGAUGCUCUGGCCCGUAAGGCCCUGACCCUACUCCUCUCAGUCUGUGUCCCGGUGCUGUUUGUUGGUCUCGUGGCAAUAGACCAUAUGGAGUACGUACAGCCGUUCAAGAAGAAAGAGGAGCUGCGUAACAGGUUGUUCUGGGUGGUGGUGGACCUGCUAGAUAUCCUGGAUAUUCAGGCUAAUCUCUGGGAACCCCUGAAGAAAGGUCUCCCUCUGUGGGCUGAAGGACUGAUGUUCUUCUAUUGUUACAUCCUGUUGCUAGUCCUUCCCUGUGUCUCUCUUAGUGAGAUCUCCAUGCAGGGCAUCAAUAUAGUCCCACACAAGAUGAUGCUAUAUCCUAUCCUCAGCCUGGUCACCAUUAAUAUUUUAACCUUAUUGAUCAGAGGCUGUAACAUGCUGCUGUAUAGGGAUGCCCGGGUCAGUGGGAUCCUGAUAGGGAAGAAUGUGUUAGCUAUCAUACUAAAGACCUGUAGCUUCGUCCAGUACAGGAAGCAGUUACCGAACACUCCUCCUGCUUUCGGGUUGGAACGACAGAGGAACUCUGUACCACAUCACCAUGGUAACCAGGGUCUUGGACACCCUGUUUCUAUAGUGAUGACCGCUCACCCGCAGGUGGUCCUCCCUGACCAGACAGCCCUGCCCCUCCCUCUGCCACAACUACAUGUCAACAUACAUGACUGAGAGCAGGAUCAUACCAUGUAUGUAUGACCCUCAGGAUAUUAUACACGGGACACACAGGAACAUCUGACUCUGACCAAAAUCUACAUGGAUGUAGCAAUAUCAUGUAUGACCAUCAGGACUCUACAGGGCAAUGGUCAACAUCAUGUGAAAAACCUUGUAUGGAUAUUAUCACUGAUCAGAGGGACACUUUACACUUCUAAUAAAACAUAAAGCAGUAUAUGGAUAUUGUCACUGAUCAGAGGGACACUUUACACUUCUAAUAAAACAUAAAGCAGUAUAUGGAUAUUGUCACUGAUCAGAGGGACACAGGAUCCUUAUGGAGUAUAGCGCAGAGACAUGGAGAAUGUUUAUGAAGACCCUUGAUACAAAGAAGAUUAUAAUACCAAUCUGAAUGUAUAUUAACAUUGGAACACAGUGGAAACUCUCCUUAAGGAUAAUAUGGUGACAUGGACAACACCUUCUAGUGUAAAUAACAGUAUCCCUAGACUCUUAAUAUUUGCCCUGUGGAUUCAGAGAACAGUAUCUCCAGACUCUGCAAAUUAAAGACUUUCCUCUGUGGAUUCAAAUAACAGUAUCUCUAGACUCUGUUAAAGACAACACAUUCUGGUGUAAAGAACAGGAUCUCUAGACUCUGUUAAAGACAACACAUUCUGGUGUAAAGAACAGGAUCUCUAAACUCUGUUAAAGACAACACAUUCUGGUGUAAAGAACUGGAUCUCUAGACUCUGUUAAAGACAACACAUUCUGGUGUAAAGAACAGGAUCUCUAGACUCUGUAAAAGACACAUUCUGGUGUAAAGAACAGGAUCUAUAGACUCUGUUAAAGACAACACAUUCUGGUGUAAAGAACAGGAUCUCUAGACUCUGAGACAACACAUUCUGGUGUAAAGAACAGGAUCUCUAAACUCUGUUAAAGACAACACAUUCUGGUGUAAAGAACAGGAUCUCUAGACUCUGUAAAAGACACAUUCUGGUGUAAAGAACAGGAUCUCUAGACUCUGUAAAAGACAACACAUUCUGGUGUAAAGAACAUGAUCUCUAGACUCUGUUAAAGACAACACAUUCUGGUGUAAAGAACAGUAUCUCUAGACUCUGUAAAAGACACAUUCUGGUGUAAAGAACAGGAUCUAUAGACUCUG